CUACCGGCCUCUCUUAAUUUUGUUUCUUUUUGCUGUUUGAAGUCACUACCUAUUUCCAGUCUCUUCCUUCCAGCCUUGCAUCCUCCCUCCACCGCAUAUAAGAUUCACCCUUCACCACUUCUACCUUACUCCCUAAUAUCUGGUGUUCCUUUAUAAGAUCUAAAGCUUGGAAAUUUUUUGUUGCUCAAGAAAGAAGUCUUAAGAGUAGUUUGUUUGAUCAACAAACUGGCGGAGUUCAGCUUCAACAGGAGAGGUUUUAAACAAGGAUUUGGUGAAGCUUCUGGAGAGAAGCUGGGCAUACAACUCUGGCCGACAAUCUAGUGAAACCUUCUCAAGCCGGAGAAGGCAUUGGCCCUCUUAUUUCCGGUGAUCAUUCACCUUCCGAUUGCACGCGGUCAUUGGUUUGGUGCCUUCCUAUCGAUUAUGGCUAACUUUUGAUCAAUCAUUCUCCAUGUGAUCUUUGCAACUCAAAAUUUUCACUGUUAAAAGCUUAAUUUAAGGAUUGGUUAGAGAUGUGAGCGUCAAUAGGCAAAGUUCAAGAAGAGGAAGAAGAAAAGGGGAAAAACGGAAAUAAAUUGUGCAUCUAUUCAGGCUUCUCUGACAAUUGGAAUCAGUCACCUUUGUCAAAUGGCAAAACUCAAUUGCUUCUCUCUCUUGACCGCAAAGAAAAAGAAAGAUAAGGGGGGUGAUGUGUCUUCAAAAGCUGUUGAACUAAAUAAAGGGGUUAGAACCCUCCAAAUUAAGCUCGAACAACCGGUGCAACCUUUUCAGAGUGAUGAAUUGAAAUCAACAACAUUUACUGUCCCUGUACCUGUUGGCUUUCAGGAGGAUUCUCUUUGCAAUGUCAAGGUAAUCGGCCAUGAGAGUCCUGUUGGAUGUGAAGCAGCAGAGAUAGCAUAUGAAGGGGAAGAUGAGCAUGAAGAGAAUGCCUCAAUUAAGAGAGAUAACUCUGACUUAGAUCUCCAAGCCCAUGUAGCCAAUUCAGGUGAAGAAGAAUUUGAUUUCAGAACCAAAAGGUUGGAUUCUUCAUCUUUAUUUGAUACUGAAGUAAAGGAAGAGUUUAUGUACCAAGCACAGAAAGAUGUUGAAAAGGCUGUUGAUAUGAUUCAAAGUGGACAUAUCAGUGAUCCAGGGAUCGGGAGGGCUGAGUUCUGGGCUUCACCAAAGCUUAAGCGCUCUUGCUCUAAUUUGGAGACGAGGGAUGUGCUAAGAAAGGUAGCUGAUCAGUUACCUCCUUCUAAGCCUCAAUCCUUUGAAGAAUUGCAGGAGUUAUCUGCAAGAGUAAGCGACGACUUUUAUCCUGGUAGCCCAGCUUCUGUAAUGACUCGUUGCAGUGCUGACAGAGUGAUGUUGAAAAAACAUUCUUCGAGUCAAGUUCUGCCUUCCAGAAGCAGAAGGUUAUGGUGGAAAUUAUUCCUCUGGAGCCACCGGAACUUGCACAAACAUUGGACAACAAAACCACGGCCUCUUCCUGUCACUGCUACUUUGAACCAGCAAGGUGGAUACUCUUCAGAUACAAUUGAGCCACAUCGAGCGAUGAAACUGAGCAAGAUGGAAUCACCUGGAUCAUUUACCGGAGAGUCCUUGAACAAAGACUUUACCGGCAACUGUGAUGACAACCAGAGCUGGAAUGGUUUUCAAACAGGAGUUUCUGGUUUAUGGCCCCAGAACCAAUGGGUUGCGUUCCCAGCUCGAUCAUCAUCCUUCACGAGAGUAGAUGAGUGGGUGAGAGAUCUUGAAACCCAAAUCAAACAGCCUGCUGAAGAUGGGAAUGGCGAAGAGGGUAUAACCUUUCCACCUUCUCCUGACACUGGUAAAUCACCAGCCAGAAGCACAACCCACUUGACUCGGCGUCAAGAUAUCAAUCUGUCUGAGGAGAUUUUACAUGCCAAUAGCGUCAUUCAGUCUCUCAAUUCUUCCUCAACUGUUGCUCAUAUUUCAGGAAUAGGUUUGAAAGCCAUUCCAAUCAUCACACAUUUCUCCAGCCUUCGCGCUGUCAAUUUGUCAAACAACUUUAUAGCCCACAUUACUCCAGGAUCACUUCCAAAGGGUCUUCACACACUCGACUUGUCAAGAAACAAGAUCCACACUAUUGAAGGACUUAGAGAAUUAACUCGGUUGCGAGUAGUUGACCUCAGUUAUAAUCGCAUUGCUCGAAUUGGACAUGGGCUGUCAAACUGCACGCUGAUCAAAGAACUGUAUCUUGCUGGGAACAAGAUUAGUGAUGUCGAAGGGCUACAUAGGCUCUUGAAGUUGACAGUCUUAGACCUCAGCUUCAACAAGAUAACAACGACAAAAGCGCUGGGCCAGCUUGUUGCCAACUUCAACUCAUUGCAAGCAUUGAAUCUGUUGGGAAAUCCCGUUCAGAGCAACAUCAGUGAUGACCAGCUGCGCAAGGCAAUUUGUAGCUUACUCUCUAAGCUUACAUACCUGAACAAGCAACCCAUCAAACCACAAAGAGCAAGGGAAGUGCUCACUGAUAGUGUUGCCAAAGCUGCCCUAGGGAGCGGCAGCUGGAACUCUAGAAGAAAAGCAGCAAAAAGAGCAAGCCAAGGUGCAUCAACAUCCACCAGUGUGCACAGAAGCAGUGUGGCAACCGGGCAGAGGAGCAAGAAUAAAUCAAAGAGCCGAAGUCGUCAUCAUGUAUCUCUAAAUUCACCUGCACAAGCUUCUUCAUCACGUAAGAGAUUUUCCCAGUAAUUUACCUGGAGAAUUCAAGGGAAUUUUUUUAAAUUUCCUUUAUUUUGUGUUGUGACCCUAAAGACUGCUUGCUAUGCAGACAUUUGUCUUCCCCCUUAUCAUGUUUGGAGUUAUUUUUUUGGUAAUUCGACUUAAGUUUGUGUGGUGUAAUCAAGUGUUAAUGCAUGCAGUUUUCAUUUCUA